AUGGAUUCAUGGAUUAAUAAACGUUCAGCAAAUUCACGGAAAGAAGUAGAUUUAACUACUGAAGAGAUUGUCGAGCUCAAAAAGAAGCAAAUAGAUGACACAAACAGAGAAUUGCAAGAAGUUCAUAAUCAAAUUUUGGAAGUCGAAAAGAAAAUACGAGAAGAUGAUCUAAAGUACAAGUCAGAGAUAGAUGCACUUAUUUUUCAACGAGAUAAUAGCAGAAAAGAUUAUAACGAAGAAAUUUCAAAAAUCGUUAAUGAAACGAACGAAGCUACAAACAAACUAAAAACUCAACAUAAAACCGAGCUUGAAUAUGUUUAUAAUGAGUUAAAUACUGCUCUUUUUGAUACAGAAGAAUUUAUUUCUAAAUCCAUAGGUUCAGGUGACCUAAAUGAUAAACAAUACAGAUUUACAAGAGCAAAGAAGCUCUCAGAGAAGUAUGCUUCGAUUGUUGAUUCUAUUGACUCUGCAAUUAGUAAAUUAAUUACACAAAGAAAUCAGCAAAUUGUAAAUGUUGCUGGACAAAUUGAAGCCACAAAUUCCAAGAAGAACUUCCAGGCCCAAGAAUCUCAUGAUACAAAUAAGAAAUUUAAGCAAGAAAUUACAGAUAUAGAGAAAAUGCACCGGGAAAGAUUAGAUCAAAUAUCAAAGAAAUACGAGAGUGAAAGAAGAAAGUUAGAAGAUGAUAUCAAUCAACAAAUUGCUGAAAUUCAAACUGCUGAAUCAAUGUAUUCAAAUAUUGCCACUCAUAACCGUGAGAAGAUCAAAGAAGUUCAAAAAGAUAUUGCACGAAUAAGAAUACUUAUAUCUAAAUCCUCAAUUGUUCCAAAACAAGAAGAUGAAGAUGAAAAACGCUCCAGAUCAUUAUUAGAACAAGUUGCAGCUAUGGAGUCAGAAAUCAAUGACCUAAGAAAUAGAAAUUCUCAACUUAAGAGCUUCUUAGAAUAA